CAGUCGAUGUCAGUUAGUCGCUUAUUCAACACCGUUUUUAAGAAAUAGAAUUAUUUGCUGUUAGCUUUUUUUUCUCGCGAGAGUGAAUAAAUAGUAAAAUUACACUUAUUACAAUUAUUGCUGUGGAAUUUACAUAUUUUCUUGUGUAUAUAUUUGACUUCGUGUCAAACAACGGUGAUCGAGAGGUUCAAUUUUGUUCUUCCUAACCGAAACGUUCUCUGGCUCUUUAAAAUGUUUUGCAAACAGUUUAGUGCGUGGUAUAUUAUGGGUGUAGAAAUUUCUUAGCAAUUUUCCACACUGUGACUUCAAUUAAUUUGAUAUAGAGUUCUAUACUGAGAGAGUCUCGAUGAAAAAAAAUAGAGUUGUCUCUUGAUGAUUUUUGAUCAUACCAAUUGAUCUUGACUGUGCGAUCACGAGCGAUCUUCAUGUUUCUCUUGAUCUUUCUCAAUUGAAAUGAAGAAAUUAUUUGUCAAGCAUGUUGCCGCCGCCCUAAAUACGAAAUUCAACUGAGUUAUUGUGGACGCAAAAGACAACGACACAUUAUUUAUUCAAUAUCGAAUCCUCAAUACAAAAGAUGGAUUUUUUUCGUUUUUAGAGGAAAAAGAAAUAUUCAAACAGUCUAUUUUGGACAUUUACUCAAUCAAUUUCAUUUAAAAUCAAACAUGAGUCACAGACUCUAAACUUCCUACACGUUAUCAAAAAAAAAGUGUGCUCUUAAUGGGCCGCUCAUUUUUUUUUUCUUAUUUGUGCUGUAAAUAAAAAGACAAAGAUAUUGCUUCUAUAACCUUGACAUAUUGGAUUUAAAGAGGAGACAUUGAAUUUCUCGUGAUAAAUUUGAAAAGAAAUUUUCCCUCAAUCCCAUCACACGCUGAUGAUGUGCUUUUCACGGCGAGACAAAUGGUGCCUCAAUUAAAAAUAAACGCGACGAUUGAAGAAAGUAUAUUUUUAGUUUGGUAAAACCAUGAAAAUUUUACACCAAAACAUUUUCCUUCCUCCAAUUCUUCCUUUUCCCUCUAUUUCACUCUCGAUCACCCCAGUUUUUUCGAACGAUAUUGUAUAUACAAAAAAUUUUUUUCAACUUUUCAGUGAAAUAUUUUACAUUGUACAAAUAACUUUAGUGUGUGAAGUAAGGAAAAUAAAAUAUUUACAAAAGUAUGGAAUAAUGAAAAAAAUACUUAUUCGUGGAAUUAAUGAGAAAUUGCUGUGUGUCUGAAAUAUAUAGCACGUUUGAGAGAAAUAUUUAAUUUAGACAAUAUAACUACUUUUUUCUUCAAAGUGAAUAUAAGUAAUAAUUUCACUGGAAUAAUUUUUUUUUGUGUGUGCGGAACUUAUUUAAAAUCGAUCCUCACUCUAUACUGCAAGUGAUAGAACUGUGUGAUUCGAUUUUAUAUAUCAAAACCAACAAAAAAAAUGUGAACAAUGUCAUGAAUACCAAAGAAAAUUGCCUUAAAGAAUUUUUCAAAGAUUCCCCACUGAGAAGAAAAUUGUGUAUGUGCACAUUUUGUGGUUAGUUGAUGUUAGUGCGAUGAUCGAGUGAAAAUAUGAUUGCUGAAGAAGUAAUUUAAGUACUCAACGCGACCAUCAACCAAAAAAAGAAUCGAGUUGAUCGUAGAGAUCAAGUAGCAAUCAAUCAGUGGGGAGAUUGUACAAGUUAGAAAAAAAAAUCUUGGAGUUUUUGCUGAUUUAGAAGAAAAUGAAUUGUGCUACAUUGAUGCCUGAACCAGAGGAUCAGCACGAUCAUGUGAUCGAGAAGGAGAAAGAUCGAAGAACUUCUCACCGACUGACGUCAUGUUUACGAGGGGAACGUGACGAGGCAGACGGUGAGUGUAAGUCGAAAACUCUGCCUCGUAUUCACAUUGAUCACUGCACACAUGAAGACACAUCGUACGAGAAAGCUUGUCGUCGGGGAUCAGCUCCAGCCACGCCGAUUCUCAAUCAGAAACAACCUGAAGCACCAACAUCCAGAUUUACAAAUUUCUUCUCUAAAAGAUCCUUCAGAGCGAACCCGCUGAAACGUACAAAAUCCGUGACGAAAUUGGAGCGCGCUAAGAGGGGCCCAGGUGGGCUAAGAGGAUCACGAUCACAUGAGAGUCUCCUUUCCAGUCACGCUGUGAUGUCAACAAUUGAUCUCUCCUGCACGGGAGCCGUUGGGGUGGCUCCAGUUCAUCAAUCUGUCCUGGGACGAAGGCAUUGCUUCCAGGUGCGUGGUGGACCACGUGGUGAGCGAUACUACAGCUGUGGAAGUCGCCAGGAAAGAGAUCUAUGGAUCUACAGUUUGCGUAAGUCAAUAGCACCCAAUGCUGACCACACACGACGCACGGACAACUCACUGAAGAUGUGGGUGUACGAAGCCAAAGGUCUGCCACCAAAGAAGAAGUACUUCUGCGAGAUUAACCUCGAUAAGACGCUGUAUGGGCGCACAUCGGUGAAGCUCAAGGGAGACCUCCUCUUCUGGGGCGAGUAUUUUGACUUUCCCGACAUACCAGACAUCAAUCUUAUCACAGUUAAUGUUUUCCGUGAGGGUGAACGGAAGAAGAAACGGGAUAAACAUACAUACGUAGGCUGCGUCAAAAUUCCCAUACACGAGAUAACCGCAAGGAUGUUCUGUGAGGAUUGGUAUCCCAUAAUUUCGGACAAAGUGGACAGUUUUGGCAGAAAUUCUGUUAAGGAUGGCUUUCCCACGCUACGGAUAAAGUGUCGCUUUCAGAGUAUCGAUAUUCUCCCACUUGAAAUCUAUGGAGAUUUCCUGACAUAUCUCAAGGAGCACUACAAGAAAGUUUGCGAGAUUCUCGAGCCAGUGAUUGGUGUCAAAGCAAAGGAAGAUAUCGGUCAGGCUUUGGUUCUUCUGAUGCAUUCACAGGGAAUGGCGGGUGCUUUCCUCACAGAUGUCGUAGCCCUGGAUUUGCUUCGUGUUGGCGAUCAGAGGCUCACAUUUAGAGGAAAUUCACUCGCCACCAAGAGUAUGGAGGCCUUCCUUAAGCUCACCGGUGAGCAGUACCUGCAAGACACACUCUCAGCCCCAAUUGCGGAGAUCAUUUCCAGCGACAGGGACUGCGAGGUGGACCCCUCAAAAGCUACCGGAAGUCUAUCGCGACAACAACAGGCGCUGAGGAAUGCUGUGAGAGUUGCAUGGACAAGCAUCGCAGACUCGCAUAAACACUUCCCACCUCAGCUCCGGGAAUGCUUUGCUACCUUUCGUGAGCGUCUGGAGAUGCUAAAUCGUGAAGAUAUGGCAGACAAUCUCAUCAGUGCGUCAAUUUUCCUGCGCUUCCUGUGUCCAGCAAUUCUAUCGCCAAGUCUCUUUAACAUUACCAAUGAGCUGCCAUCGGCACGAGCAACGAGGAAUCUCACACUUGUGGCCAAAACCCUUCAGACUCUGGCUAAUUUCACACGGUUCCAGGCCAAAGAAGGCUUCAUGGAAUUCCUCAAUGAUUUCCUUGAGCAGGAGGCGACCCGUAUGAAAGAGUUUCUGCAUCUCAUCUCCACACGAACUGAUCAACCUGCCCAGGAAACCAUCCUCGAUUGGACAGGAUAUAUUGAUCAGGGAAAGCAAUUGUCCAUUCUGUAUACUUUGCUGUCUGAGAGUAUUGCUAAGUUGUCGAGUGCUAGGCAACAGGAAUUGCAUCAUUUGAUGCUGAUAAUGGAGAAAAUCACGAAAGCUAAGGAAGUGACGGUAUUUGCACAGCAACCUGGAGGGAAUCAGGAGAAUUUGGGCAAUGUGCAGAAUGUUCAGUGCAAGACAAAUGAUAGGGGUAUCAUUCGGGGUGUUCUUACACCGAAUUCUCUGGAGAAGAAUAUUUUCCGGUACAAUGAUCCUACGUGUUCACCUUUCUUGAAUAGCCCACAUCAAUCCAAUGGACUUCAACACUCCCAAUCGACUUCUAGUAUCUCCUCGGCUCCGGUCCUGCAUCAAAGUGUUGUCAUUCCAGCUUCAAUACAACACCACAUUGCCAAUUCGACCGAUCGUCUGCAUCAGCAGCAGCAGCAACAAGCAAAUUCCCCUGCACGAUCACACAAAGCUCCAGCUGCUCCGACAGCCUUCUACUAUGCACCCAAAGUUAUUGGAGGACAGCAGAAGGACACCAAAGACUUUAUCAGUAGCAGUUUCAGGGCCAAUACAUUGCCCAGGAACAAUAUUAUCAUCAAUACCAAUGGGAAUCAUCAAAAUGCGCCAAAAUCCGAAGACAGUAAUUCCAAUUUCAUUCAAAUUGGCGUAGACACUUCGAAUGCUUUUGUGCGAAAGAGUCCAACACCACUCCUGAAGACUACACCGAAUAAGAACCGAUCUAGCACUACGAUUAUCGGUCAAAACCGAAGUAUUGUGAAUCUGGGAAUGCCAACAGAGAGUGUGGUGGCUAAUAGCAGUAAUUUCAAUAUGCCCAUGAAUCUGGAAGAUUUAGACGAUCUGCUGAAUUAUGCAGAUGAACAGGCAACAAAACCAACUGCAGGAUCUACCACGAAGGAGACUCUAGCGGCAAAGGGCAGUAAUGCGUCCAUUGGACAGAUCUCGAAUGUUUGCAGCAGUGGAUACCAGAGUAUUGCAACACAGAGUCAAAGUUCAUCACCUGUGGAGAAUCAUCAUGUGGCAGAUGCAAAAGGAGUCAAACGUGCACCACCAGUAAAAUAUCAAUUUGGAGGGACAAAGGAUACAGUCAAUGCUGUGACGACAAGUGGACAAGCUUUGGCAUUCAAGAAUCCCCUCUAUCACAUCCAGAACCACUCACAUCACUCACAAUCGUCACAGAAAAGUUCCUCUUUGACCCCAUCGAGCAGUGAAGAACGUUUGGAUUAUGCUAAUGUCAAUGGUAACAAUGCAGCAGCAGUUAUUGGUGAGAUUAGGGGUGAGAGUGAACUAUCAAUGGUGGCAGCUGACAUCUUACCAGCCCCAACUCGUCUCAGUGCUCAUCGACUACCACGUACUAAUCCUAUGAUUCAGUACAAACGCGAUGAACCACUGACAAACUUAGGCGCGGGCGGAAGUCGAUGCUAUCAAAGGCGUCUCAGUGUUGAAUCUGCUAGAACCCUGUCAGACAGUUCUACAGAUACAGAGGGGUACACAUUGGAAGGCAAAAGACGACGAUCAGGACGCUCAGUUGAGCAGUGUGAGCGAGAAAUUCAGAGACUUCAGGCUUCUGUGGAUUCACUAAGGCAUAAGCUGGAAGAGUCCGACUUGAGGGACUCUAAUGAUGAUCUUCUGUCUAUGUCGCAUCACAGUGAUAGCAAAAUGAGGAGUAUCAUUAGCAGGUUAAUUGCAAUGGAAGAAGAAUUGCGAAGAGAGCAACUAAAAAUGUCCCUUGCGCUUUCACAUAAACAACGGGUAAUCGAAGCACAAGGGCAACAAAUUGCCGCUUUAGAUGCGGCCAACAAUCGUCUUCUCAGUGCUCUAUCCAGCCUUCGGCAACGCUAUGAAACCCAACAGGCCAAUGGGACAAUGGACGAAGCCAUGGGACGUAGCGAUGGAGGGCAUGUUGAUCCUGACAGUACAGGAAGCGGUCAAAAUGGACAAGCAUCCACAACAUGUUGAACAUCGUGGCAUGAAACUUGAAACCUUAUCUUUUAGAUUUUAGCAUUAAAUGUAUAAAAUUGUUAAAUUAAUAGCCACUUUUAAGUUUGUAUAAUCCUCCGUCUCUCUCACCCCAAAAUCCUUUGAUGUAUUUUAGAUUUAAAAUAUUGCUGCUAUUUUAGUGAUUAGGAAAAUUUUAGUAUGUAAGUUUGACAUAUUGCACUGAAUCACUAUCAACUACUAGAUGAAAGAGUAUUAUCUUGAUAAAUUUAAUGUCAAAUGCAGAAAUUUUAUUUCGCUAAUUUAUUGGAAACACCAAAGAAUACACAAUUUAUUGGUAAUGAAUUCUUCAAUAGAUGUGGGCACAAUAAAAUAAACAUUACAAUAAA